CAACACUGCAGCGACAUCGCGCGCGACACCCACUCUCCAUUCCCUUGGGCGAAGUAAACAACCACACCACGAUAUCCCACUUUUUCCGCUUAUCGUCGACCCCUCGGCCGCCUGAAUCUGCGCUGCUCGCAUUUCCCUACGCGACGCGCCCGAGAACCAUUCGAAUUGCUGCCAACUUUAAGCUCUAACGCGUCUCGGCCCCGAAACUCGUCGCCGACGUCGCCGACAUGGCGCCCCGACCGUCCCUGGCGCGCCGCACGCUCGCGCCACAGGGCGAACAUAUUUACGAACUCGGUGUGGUGGGGAGGAAAACCGGCGUCACGGUUCCCGACUCGGGGGUACGCGAUGAACAUGGCAUGGAGCCGAUUGAGACCCUUUUUUCGUCGCCCGGCAAGUCGGACCACGAGGACCAGCAGGAUGAAGGAUCCGACGAUUACGGAAGCGGCGAGGAGAUGGAUAUCACUACAACAUCUGGAAUUGGCCCGGCGGCGCUGCUCAACGGCCAGGGGAGUAGGUUACCCGUGCCCUUGUCGCGCGUCCGGUCACCAGCCAAGCCGCUGCUCAACUCACCCGCCCAACGAAACCGAUUCCUCGCGCGGAACUCCUCAUCGCCAGCCCGUGGUGCCGUCAUUAGAAAUGACGGUCCCCGAUCCAGUAGCCAGCCGACGGGCGAUCAAACCGCAACCAAGCGCCGAUUAGACUUCCGCAGUGUCGCAAACGGGGGUCCACACUCGUUAUCGCAGCCCCAGGCUCACGGCAAUCGCCUGCAGCCAUUGCAACACGAUUCCGAAGAGGAGGAGGAGGCGCAAAGCGAAGGUGGUCAUGCAGCAGAUGAAGACGAGGUUAACGACUUCGUCGAAGAAUCCAUGGCCAUGCUGAACGAAGGGGAAGACUACGACCUUGCCGAACAAGAACCGGGACCAGCGCAAAGCGAGGCCGAAGAGGAGCAGGCGUCAGUAAUAGAGGACGAGGACCCGCCAGCUCCUGCUGCCAAAAGGAGGCCGGGCCGACCACCGAAACAGAAGGCAGCCGCACCAGCUAAGGCGGCGAAACCUCAGAAGAAGCCUGUCCAGCAAGUCGUGGAAGAAGAGGAGGAAGAGGAGGACCCAGAAGAGGACGGCGGGCACUCGGAGGAGGAACAAGAGCCGACGCCUAAACCACAAAAACCAACACCUGGGAAACGCGGUCGGCCCCCCAAGGCCGGCAAGGCCUCAGCUGCAGCAGCGCAACCCCCUGCCCGCGGCUCUAAGAAGCGCCGCUCGUUAGACGAAGAGUCCGCAGCGGCCGAGGAGCCCUCACCAGAGCCACAGCCAAAACGCCAGCGCACAUCCCCCGCCGCCAACGCGAAGAAACCCGGCCCUAAGAAGGCCGCCGCUCCAGGCAAGAAGGCGCCCCAACCGGCGGCGGCCACGGCCCCAGCCCCGAAACCCCGCGGCCGAAAGCGCAAGUCCUCCAUCGACGCGGGCGACGUGUCCCAAGUAGCCAUGGCGCGGGGCCCGCCGCUGCCCAAGUCGCGCGGCCUGCUGAUCAACCGGCGCGAGGUGCCGGGCGACCCGGGCUCGUCCAUGAGCCGCACGCGGUCCGGGCGCACCUCGUUCAAGCCGCUCGCCUACUGGCGCAACGAGCGCGUCGAGUUCGACAAGGACGAGGCCGAGGACGCUUUCGUCGGCCGCAAGCGCACCUCCCGCUUCGUCCUCUCCAGCGUCAACGCCGUCCACCGCGUCGACGAGCCUGAGCCCGAGGUCCGCGCCAAGUCCCGCCGCGGUGGUGGUGGUGGUGGUGGUGGGGUUGGGAAGAGGGGAGGUCCCGCGAAGCGCGGGCGGCGGAGGCGGAGUGGUGGGUUUGAGGAGGCUGAUGAUGGGGAGGAUGAUGGGCCCGCCGAGGUGUGGGAGCUCGACCCGGGGACGGUCACGGGCGAGGUGGUGGUGUGGCAGCCCGAGUACGAAUUCAACCCCCCCGCGCCGAACGACCUCGUCAGCGUCAUGGACAAGCAGCUCGCCAUCAGCGGGCCGGCCAUCAAGACGACCGAAGUGGUGGGCGGCGAGUUCCGCUACGCCAAGGUGUUCAGCGAGGGCUUCAUCGGCGCCGGCGUGGUCGACCUGCCGCCGGGGGCCAUCAAGCGGCUCAAGAACUCGCGCAAGGUUUUCAUGAUCUUUUUUGUGCAUGCCGGCCGGGUGCUGGUAACCGUUCAGGAGACGAGUUUCCGCAUCAGCAAGGGCGGGAUAUUCAUCGUGCCUAGGUACAACGAAUACACAAUAAACAAUGACUACGACCAGCCAGCCCGCAUCUUCUUCGCGCAAGGGCAAGAAAUGCCUGUAAACGCGCCGCCCGAAGAAGAUGUCGCCGAGGAUGAUGACGUGGACGAAGAGGUGGAGGUGAGCGAAGGCGAGGAGAUGGAGAGCGAAGAGGAGUAA